AUGUACUAUUUAAUUAUGUGAUGAAUCAGAAGUGUAAAAUGUUUACCAAAGCAGAGUUUCAAUUCGAAUCUAAGUCAGAGGCUGGCUGACCUGAGUCACCAAAAAAACGCCCUUCGUCACUGACCUCGCCAAGCGUUUAAAUAUUAAUAGAUGAUAUCCGAGACGCUCACUAGCUUCCAGCAUUUCCAUUUCCGAGGAACUAAGGGGCUGUUGACAAGUGGACCAAGAACCAGCGUGCGACACUCAUCCGCAUGGGACAUUGUUGUCUAAAAUUAGCAAACAAAUGGGAUUCAAACCGAAACUCACACACGAAUAUACUCGUAAAUGGAAGCAAUUUGAAAAAUGAAACCAGUUUCGUUUCGAUUGGGGGCACAUACUCGAAGACUCGUAUGAUUUCGUAUUCGAUUUGGUUCUUCCAAUUAGUUUUCCAUUUUGUGAGGCUAAUCAGGGACUGACUUUCGACGACUCCUAGACGCGACGUAAAUUUCAUUUAUUCCAUUUGUCUUCAUUGCUCGGGGCGACAAGACAACACCUAAACAUAUACCCAUAGGUGCAGACAGACAUCGAUAAAUCAGGGCCAGGACUCGACGACAGCGAUGCAUUUGGUGUCCUCCAAGGACCACAGCUGAUUUGUUCUUGCUUCACGACGCUCGAAAUACCCGAUAAUUGAUUUUACAACACCCGCUCAGCCUGGCGGAAGGAGAACAAAAGCAUCCUAAGGAUUUUCGGGAACCGCGACAGCUUAGGCGAGUUGAUGAAAGGCAGGUAUGGUUAGGUACGAGUAUGUUUGUAUGUAUGUAAAUGCGGACCCUGUCUAAAAUUAAACCAAAAGCGCGAAGCCCAGUAAACAGGGAUCAAGUAGAUUGAUAUUUCCUGAAAACAACAUUUGGAGGGUAGGUAGCGAGAGCGAGAGAAAGAGAGCACAGCGACCCUCUUUAUGGGAAGUACUUUAAAAUACAGCUGAGGGAAGUAUAAUAGGAGUUGCUUUAGCUAAAUUUUGCAAAUCUAUUAUGGCACACCAAACGUGAGUCAAUUUAAUUAGGUGAUCAAUUAUGCUUAUCUAAUCUAACAUAAUCUUUUUUCAAGAAAAUAGUUGCUCGUAUCAGUUGGCCAUCACAAAAGUUUAAUUUAGCCAAGUUGAAUUGUAUGGUAUGGAAUAUUGUUAUCAUGUUAUUAGCGUUGGCUUAUGAUUAGAGUAUAAACAUACUGUUUACCCAAUGUUUAUGUUAGCCAAGUACCACUUUUGGGGUUUUUAGGGCUUACAUGUGGAAGUCACAUCUGAGUGCUAUUUUACUGACCUCAACUGUAUGGUGAGAGAUCGCGAGUGGUAAACAGGACCAGAGAGAGAGCCUGUGAUCCAGAGAGCCUGCUGGCGGUAAUUUUGAAUUCUGAAUCACGUCUUGGCUGCUCUCAGUUUGAGUUUGAACCACGCGACGCGCACAACGGAAAAUCCUGGCAUAAAAACCCAAUCGAUCGAAAAGCGGAAAACCUCGCCAUACGGAGGACAUGCCUCCCAGUGAAAACUAAUACAAAAGAUAGGUCGUAGUAAAAAACCAAAACAAAAAUAGAGUGCAAACUUUGCUGUGACCAAUGGAGCGUCGCAAGGCUCUCAGUUCGUAUGCCAAGUUCAAGGAUCAGCAGGAGGCGGCGGCGGCAGUUACCCCGCAGAAGGACAAUGAGAGCGAGGACUCGCUGCCCGCCUUGCGGCGCUCUCAUUCCGUUCGUUCCUCUCUACGGCGGCUAAAAAACAAGCUGCACAGUCCCGCCCUGUCAAUGCAGUCUCCCUUUAAGCUGCGCACCCAGCUGCACAUGCGCAAUCGCAGCUCGCGAGGAUCGGCCACCUUGGACAAAAGCAAGGCGGCCAAGGCACUACGCAUGCUGGGCGAUCUGGAUGCAGUGGCUGUUCUGACCACCAAAGUGAAGGGCAAGAACGAAUUUGUGCCGCUGAAAAGAGCAAUGAACUCAGAUUCCUGUGACCACGAUGAACUGGGCAUCGAAAGGCUCAUGUCCUCCUUGCCAGUGGGUGCAAAGCUGCCUCGGAAGGCCUGCAAGUUGCUCCAGAUCCCCGAGAGCUACUGCCGACAAACAGAACUCGCGCCGAAAGCCACACUCGACUCGGAUCUGGAGAAGACCUUCAGUGGCGAGGAAUCCAGUGCCGUGCUGGCGGAUAUCACUCGACAUGCCCAGCAGGGCAUCUAUGGAACGACGCGCAUGCGCACGGCGACAAUUCGGAAGCCGAUGCCCUACCUGAACAGCCACAACAUAUUGCCGCAAGAUAAACGUGACGGUGACAUCGAUAGUGUCAGGCUGCGGGAGAAGGUGGUUUAUCCCAGCGGCGGCAAUAACAACAACCAGGACAACUAUCCCACCUACUAUCCGGCUCCAUUGCUGUCCACCAGUCGCUGGUCGGAGCAAUUGACGCAGCAUGCGGCAGUAGCCAAGAUACGGACAGCCAUCUCCUGCCACUCACAGGAUCUCAAGGAAAUGGAAUUCCUACUGCCCCAUUCGCGGACCGAUUCCCAAUCGAAUUCCCAAUCCCAACUGUGCAUUUCGCGGCACUCGCAGCCGAAAAAUGCCAAGCUGCGGGACGAUCACGAUGAGACGGGCUCAUCGGAAUUGGACUCACCACCGCUGGGUGAUGAGAAUGCCUCGGCGAAUGGUCAACUUUCGGUGCACAGGCAGCCGGUACAGCUGCGCAGUAAGAUCCCGGGAAACACACCUCAUCCGCGGGCCAGCAAAAUGUCCAAGAAACAGCUGAAGUUGGCCCAGGCCCAGCUGGACAAACUGACGCAGAACAAUCUGCAUCUGCAUGCUCUCUUCUCGGCGGUGGAGCAUGGUCACCUGGAGAAGGCGCGCACUAUUCUAGAGUCCACCGACGUAGAUGUAAACAGCAUCAAUAACGAUGGUCUAUCUGCUUUGGACUUGGCGGUGUUAAGCAAUAAUCGCUCCAUGACCAGGAUGCUGCUUCAGCAUGGCGCUGUGGAGGGCUCUCAGUUCUCUGUGGACACCAUUGGCACCAAACUGAACGGCUUGCUCAAGGACGCCGAGUCGAGAAUUCACGAUCUAAGUGGACCGGAGGGCCUCUGUCCGCCGGUGUUUGCAUCGCGUCCCUCCAUCUCGAGCAUCAUAAUUGGCAAUUCCAGUGCAUCGGUAACUGGCUGCACGGGCAGCGAGGUGGAGAAACAGAUAGGCAUCUGGGAGCGCCGUGUUAAGGGACUGCGGCGCUUGCAGCUCGGUUGGGACCAGGCCAGGCCGCCAGAUGCACCCGCCUCCGUGGUCGUCGACGUCACUGGCGACAAUUCCAUCAGCGUCCAAAUCCUAGAGCCCUUCGAGGGGGCCAUCGGCACGAAAUUCAAAGUACAAUGGUCGACCCGCGCGGAUUUCAACAACGUUGUGGGCGAGAGUGAGCUACUGGAAUGGAUCAGCUUCCAUGGCACGAUGGGUGCCCAGUGUCACAUAUCGGGCCUCACCCAGGGUCGUCGCUACUUCCUGCGAGCCGCGUGCGGCAAUGUGAAGGGAUGGGGAACCUAUCGAACCUCUGUGCCGGCUAGUGUAGUGCCCUCAACUUGGCGGGAUUUAGACAAUCGAGAGGACCGAUUCGUGGGUCGUCACCGAAUCCUGGACAAUCUAUUUACCGCCGUGCGGUUGGCAAGACCCGCCGACGUAUCCGAGCUGACUUUGGAUCCUGCGAGCGCCCAACGUCGUAAUCCCAAAAAGAAGACUACCAUUAAGCAGUUGUUCUCGGUAACCACCAAGUUUCAAAAGACACUGAGACGCGGCAUUUACUUCUCUUGUAUUAUUCAUUGCGAUGAUAAAGUGCUGGUCACCAGCGAAGACUUUCCACCGGUCAUCGAGGUGGAUGAAUCCUAUCCAAGUGCUCUGCACAUGGACUAUUACUGGCUUAUGAAAGUGGCCUGCACCUGGGAGGAUGUUAAGUCCCUUCGUUCGGAUAUGGAGCGCAAUCUUACAUCCGCUGUUCACUUCCGCACCAAGCUUCUAUCGGCGGUCUGUCAGAUGCAAUCGGCACUGGGCAUUACGGAUUUGGGCCAGCUUUACUAUAAACCCCUGCGGGAUGCUCAGGGCACUGUUGUUCUAACCUGUGUGCAAUCCGUAAAGAGCCAAAAGGCCGUCUCCAUCCUAAACUCCAGAUGGGUUCCAGUCAGCAAGCUGCAAAAGAAGCUAGGUGCUCUACACGAGGACUACACCAUUAACGAGCUGCUCAUCUCCUCGAUUGGAGAUCAAUUGCACUAUCAACAGGCGGCGCUGCAGCGCUUGGAGCCCGGUCUUUACCUGGGCUACCUAAAGAUGCAAUGCUCCAUGGACCAGAUCCAGGUGGUAGUGCCGGUGAAAACGCCGAAUGUCUUGCCGCACUGCAAGGUGCGCGAAAACAGUCAUAUAACGGCCGAGGAGUGGCAGGUGCUCCACCGUUGCAGUAGCGAUCCUCUACGCUUGCCGUUGGACUUUAGCGCUCAAGGAGCAGAUGCAGCCUCCGGAGGAACAGCUACCACGGAGGUGCAACGCCUAUUUUUAUACGAUCUCACCAAUGCAAUGCACAAACUGUUUGCCAGCAUGAACAUCAAAAUCGCUGAUGCAACCACCCACCGCCUGUACGACGUGGAAGUUAUUGAGCAUAGUCCGGACAUUAGUUUCCUCGUGGUGUGUCCAUCCGCCGAGUCCUCAUGCGCUGUGCCCGGUCAGUCUGAGUUACUGCUUCAGCGGGAUGACUUGGCUAGCUUGAGUAUCCAGGCUUUUGAGAUGAUUCACCUGCGCACUUAUCAGCCGGCCAUCAUUCAGAAGUACGCCCGUUUAUCUUGCAUCCUUGAAUUGGACACUGCACUGGCCACACAUUCGCUUCGCGAGGCAUUCUCCAGCAGUGAACUGCAGGCGGCCAAGGAACGUUUGGCCACGCUGCAGGAGCUCAGUGCGAGUCUAACCAUUGUGUGGAAAAGUGUACGAUGGCUAAUGGAUGUGGUGGCAUAUGCGCGAAACAAAAACGCUCAACCCUCGUUGGCUAUGCGGGAAAUUCUGGACUUUGCACAGCAAAGACAGGAUGAAUCGGUAGCGACAUCGGCAGGAGGUUCCGCGAACAAGCAGCUGCUGCAGCUACCCAUUCGCGAAAGCAAGUUCUCCAAGACGGGCCAGGGAAGAGGCAGUUGGCCCGGUCCGGGAACUAGUGAAGAUCAACCGCAGAACAAGCCGGAGCACUCCAAGUCUGAACAGAAUCUGGAACUGAGUGCUAUCACACCAGUGGAACCUGCAACCAAUCAAGUUCCUACACAGCAGCAGCAGCCGCAGCAGCAAUCGCAGCAACAGCAACUCUUACAAGUUUCCAACAUCAGCGAAUACGCGGGAUCGAUUUGCUCGGAAGUAUCAUUUAGAAAGAACAGUGGCGACUCCAUGAGCUCCACCUACACGUCCCGAAGCUUCUACUCUGCCGUGGACUCAGCCUCAGAUGGAAAUAGCACAAACAGUGUGUUUGCCAUUCCGCCUUCCCGUUCCGACGACACUCUGGCGGAUGCACUGCGCCACUCGCAAGCUGUAGCUGCGCAACGCAAACGAACCAGCUCUAAUAUCGCAUCUCAUACCAAUCCCUUGAUUACGGUGCACAGCUCUAGCUCGGCUCCAUAUCUGGCUGGAUCCAGUGUUUCCUUGAGAAGCGGCAACGGAGCUUUCGCAACGGAUUUGGAGCACAAACCCUUGAAGCCAGCGACAAAGGCUGCAUCGAGUGCAAACCUGCGCGAAGGUGGACCCUAUUUGAAAAGCACGUUGGCUGAGCUGCGAGCUGUUGGAGGUGAGGAGCCUGUGGCCAGUACUUCGAAGGCCUCUUCGAUGAAGAGCUUGUCCCGGCAGAGCAGCGAAGAGGAUUCCGCCAGCUGUUCCAGUCUCAACGCCGAGCAGACAUCGGGGAUCAUUCAAGUCUAUACCGCCUACAGUACGGGUCUGGCCAGUGGAACCAGCUUAAAGAUUCACGUAACUCCGAAGACGACUGCCCGCGAAGUGAUCAACCUGGUGGUGAAGCAACUUAACAUGGCCGUGGUUCUCAAGGGGAACAAUGGCCCCAUCUAUGGACCCGAGGUGCUAGAGAACUUUUGCCUGGUGGCGGUGAUUGGAGCACGGGAACGCUGCCUGCGAGAUGACUUCAAACCGCUGCAACUGCAGAAUCCCUGGAAGAAGGGCCGUCUGUACGUCCGAAAGAAGCAUGAGCUGCUGGCGGCCAUCGAACACUCCAAUCGGAAAUCGCAUUUGAUCUGAGCAAUCGGACUCAAAUCCCGCUGGAAUUGGAGAAGCAUCGAAGGAAUGAGGCACGCUAUACUGUUAGUGGUGGCAAGAAGAUCUGUAGAGAUUUAGGAACCUAAGAUUUAGGUGGCCGAAAGUAGGCAAAUAACUUGGUUGAUACACCAUUGAUUAUGUUUUCGAAACUUUUGCGAUUUUUCGGCAAGCCGGUAUUAUCGUAUCAGCCGUUCCGAUUCUUGUUAGAUUUAGUUGUGCUUUCGUUUUUGGGUUCAUCCAAUCACCAUUCCCAAAUCCUUCCACCCUGUCCAGGGCAAUGAUCGUUGACCAAUUCCAGAAUUAGACUGAAUUACUUAUGUAUGCUGCAAUGGCAAACUGAUGAAAUUGUAAUUGAAAUGGUAUUAUAUUUUCAAUAGUUAUACAUUCAACAUUACCCAGGCAAACAAACACACACACGAAUCGGACUAAACAAAAAAAGAUUGUUGUUAGUUGUUCUAGAGUAUUGAAAGUUACGCCCGUACAUAAGUAGUAUGUAUGAAUGUUAUAUAAAUAUUAUGCGUGCAUCAAUGUAUUUUAUUGUAUGUAUUGUAGUUUAGUAAACAAAUGUUUUGAUUGUAUUUUUGUGGCAUUUUUAGGGGCACAUUUUUUGAUCUAAAUGUUAAAUCGGUAAAUACGGAACACAAAACCAAAUCAAAUCAAUUCGAUGGCGAAACUCAAAGAACAGAUGUCAAUACGCAUUUUAUGUGUCACUCUUGAUGUCUUUCAUGUGUGUGUGUUCUUAAUAAUUGCAAUUCCAUCGGAUUAAACAAAUAAUUUAGCUGUAAUCAAUUGCUUAGUAUGUAAACAAAAAUCACCCCAACAAAAAUGAUAACGAAACCGGAAGAUAUUUUUUAAAAAUAUAUUGGCACAACUGAAUGUUGAAAAAAACAAAAAUUAUAGGCAACUGUAAAUUAAAACUCAAAUGUUUGUGUUUAUUAAUUGUAGCAAUGCGAUAUUUCCAAGCCCGUAACCCAAUAUACUCCACUCAGAAAUUGUCUCGCCGAGAUUCCCACACUUGAUAAUCAUAUACCCCACUUCCACAAUCUACUCAACUGUUGGCCCACUUGGAAACCAUACUAUUAACGUGGCUAUCUCAAUGUGCAAAGCCGUAUGUGUCUAUAAAUAACUAGUCUACUCUGUACUCUCUCAAUUUCCAUUGGACGACAAGUCGAAUUUAGAUUGGAGUCGCCGGUCGUGAAAAGUAUACAUUUUGAAUCUUAUGAGAAACUAGACGAGAACACUUACUUUAAAAGAAUGUGCAACACUGGAGUCCAGAACACAGAUAUCGAACUAUUUAAGAUGUCUACGACCAAAACAAACGAUUUUUGUACGUUUUUUUCCUGUUUUUUGUGAUGGCGUCAGGCGGGCGAUUUUGAUACAUUUUUUACUAUAUGGUUUACCAGUCCUAGGGCUCGACAAACAGCAACGAACGUAGUUAAGUUCUGACCACAAAAGAUACCCCAAGAUAUUGACCCCAUGACGACCCCCUUGCGUUCACAGCCCGGUUUCAGAUUGGUAUUAACGCCACCCAAUUGCCUCGAUUCCAUUCGAUUCGAUGCGAUUCGAAUGGUACCCGAAAUGGUCGAACGAACAACAACGAAUGUAAACAAGUUCCGAACUGAGUGGCCAGUUUCAGUUUGUUAAUUCGGAAUGCCAAUUAAACGAUUUCAAUUGUCAGACACACAGCGUCCGUCCCCAGAAGAAAAAAAAAUAAUAAAUGAAAAUAUCGUUUGAUUUUCGAAUGGAGCGAAAUUAUACAGAGUAUUAUUUUGAAUUGCGAUUCAGUGAGAUUAGUUUUUACGAUGCAAUCCAAUUGUAGCUGUAGCUAAUUGUUAAUGGCCCACAAAAAUGCGAAAUGUAAAUGUAACCAAAAGCAUUGAACGAGUCUUUCCGCAAACGCAGAUAAUUCCUGUAAUUAGAUAUAUCUAUAGAAGUUGAAACUUAUCAAGUGUAACUCAUUAUCGUCGACUACAUGUACAUUUUUGGUGUGUUAAUGGCCCAAAAUAUACAUACAUAUACGAUGUCCUCAAAAUAUGAAGCUAAAAGUGCGGGCAACUAGAUAUGGUUAAGGAUAAUGUGGCUACGAAGCAUUCAAACAAAGAAUAUUCAAUUAACUUAAUAAAGACUCAACAAUUGUUAUGGUGUAAUACGA